AAUCAAUGUCAAAUCAAACCACUCGGGUAGAGAAAUUCCAUGAGAAUAUCAAGAAAAUUCAAAUAUUUGUACUGCCUGAAUGCCUUGAUAACGAUUUAUAAAAAUUUUCAGGAUUGUAACCAAUACUGAUAUGAAUCAACUUUCUCAAUAAAUUUGUUUUUCCUACAAACCAUGAUUACGCUUAAUAGAAAAUUGAAAAAGGACGUUACCGAAACGACAAAUGGCUUAACAGUAGAGCCUGUGAAAAGAAUAUCGGUGAGAGAUAAACUAUUAGUGAAAGAAGUACAGGAAAUGAACGAGAACCUUCCAAUGACGUGUUCUGUGCAUUUCGAAGACCCCGACGUCCUUAGUGAAUUCAUCUUAACCGUCUGCCCAGACGAAGGUUAUUGGACUGGUGGCAAAUUUAGGUUCAGUGUGUUUGUUACUGAAGAUUAUAAUAUGGCACCUCCUAAAGUGAAAUGUCUAACAAGAUUAUGGCAUCCAAAUAUUAAUGUGGACGGUGACAUUUGCCUAUCACUACUCAGACAGACCUCCAUAGAUGAACAUGGUUGGGCACCUACCCGUAGACUGAAAGAUGUUGUUUGGGGCUUAAAUUCAUUAUUUACUGAUCUCUUAAAUUUUGAAGACCCACUUAAUAUAGAAGCAGCUGAAAUGUACAAGAAAAAUAAAACAGAAUUUCAAACAAAAGUACAAGAAUACAUUGCUGUUACCAAGGGAAAGAGAUGAAACCUACUCAUACAAGCUAAGUCAUAAUUAUAAAUCUAUCUCAUUAGAAAUCUAAACUAAAUAAGUUUUUAAUAAAAAUAUUGUUAUUAAAAAUCAUUACCAU